UACGGGAAGCGACUUAACUCCUCCGCGCGAAACUGGACAGCCGUGGUAGACGGAAAAUCCAAACCCGUCGCAUGGUUUGUUAGUAACUGCAACUCCAAAAGCAAACGUAUGGAAUACGUCAAGAGAAUGUCCAAGGUCAUACCUGUGGAUAUUUGGGGAGGUUGUGGUGAUAACAAGUGUGGCUAUGACGAGCGCGAAAAGUGUAUGUCUAUAGUCAAUGAAACAUACAAGUUCUACCUCGGAUUCGAAAAUUCGUUUUGCGAGGACUACAUUGCAGAGAAGCUCUUUCGUUACGCUAUGUAUGAUGUUGUUGUUGUUGUUAGAGGUGGCGGAAACUAUGGUCAAGUGGCGCCACCAAACUCUUACAUCAACGCUGCUGAUUUUAAAAGUCCCGAAGACUUAGGGCAGUAUUUAAAAUACUUGGACCAAAACAAAACUGAGUAUAUUAAAUAUUUGCAAUGGAAAAAUGAUUAUUAUGCCGAAGAAUUUACACUGGAACAAACUCUGUGGUGUGAUAUUUGCAGGGAUUUGAACAAUGCCUCAGCACACCAACAGGUGAUGGAUCCUUACGAUCUUUGGUUCAGUGGAAAUGCUUGCUGGGAACCCACCGAUCUUUGAUCAAUGGACACUUUUAAAAGAGGCAGCACACCCAAGUACAACGCCAUAGGUCUGAUCUCAUAACUGUUCCUCGUACUGUGGCGCGUGAUCUUGCGACUAGCGGAUGGCCCUGGAUAAUAGAAUAGUCACAAAAUCUGAACACAUCAACCACACUUACAUGAUAGCAGUAUAAACUCUUCGUGGCAUGACUUGCGCUCAGACGCUGCUAUGCAUUUGUUUACAUGAUCGAGUUGUGCUGAUGCAUUUUAAAACCUUUAACAGUUAUACCACUAGACUAUCCGCUCGAAGCGAGGUCACGUGAAGCAGGCGUUUGUGGGAGACUAAU